AUGAGCCUAGUUAAUGAUGAAGCUAAGCCUAAAUCUCGCGAUAGGUCUCCGUACAGUAGGCCCCCUACCGCCUUCUGUGACAAAGAUAGUGAGAAGUUGACUGAUUUAGGCAGUGCGGAGUUGGUUAUAGAUUCUGUGGAGUUCUCAGCCAGCAAUUAUACUAUAGCAUGGGAAUUACUUCUCAAUAGAUACAAUAAUAGCAGUAUGUUAAUACACAACCAUGUUAAGGCCUUAUUUACCAUUCAGAAAUUAACUAAGGAGUCGUACCACAUGCUCAGGCGCCUAAUUGAUACAAUACUUAAGAAUUUAAGAGCUUUAAAAAUGCUUGGUGAACCCACUGAGCACUGGGAUACACUGGUCAUAUUCAUAGUCACUUCUAAAUUAGAUGAAACUACUGAACGCGAGUGGGAGCAAUAUAAGUGUACUAUUCGUAAACACAAUGAAACUAAAUCAUCACUAAAGGUGGAUGAUCUACUCACCUUUCUCAGGGACCGUGCUGAGAUGUUGGAAACAUUGCAAGCCUCUCAUAGUAAGAUUAAUCUUGAUUCCAAAAAACAAACUACACAUAAGGCUCAAUGCAAUGUCUCCACCAAGUCACAACAAAGUCGCACUACCUAUAAGAAGCCAUGUUUAAUGUGUUACAAUGAUCAUGCACUGUAUUCCUGUCCAAAGUUUUUGGAUGCUAAUAUAGACACUAAACUACACUUUAUAGCUACCAACAAGUUGUGUGAGAACUGUUUACGCUCUGGACAUACGUUAGAAACAUUCCACUUGUGA